AUGGCCAACACGCCCAAUGCCAGAGAGACUCAGGCGCAAUCCUCUCAGUCGACAGUAGCCGAUCUGGCCUCCAACAGAUCCACAGUUAAUCCAUCGAGCACUAGCCUGACCUCUGAGGCACCGUCCAAAGGAUUGACUGCGCGGGCUGAUGACCAGACUUCUUCUCCGAAGAGUUACGAAAAUUGUCAUUUAUCGGCCGCUGACCGCGCGCAAGAGCUUGCUAGAAUUGGUUCCUGGGUGGCUUUUACAACAGAAUGCCUUGAAAGUGUCAGAGAAGUAGAGGAUAUACUCAGCGGCGAGCUUGAGUUGAGUUAG